UCAUAAAUGCAGGAAUGAGGAAGUUUUACCUGCAAGCCAACGACCAGCAGGAUUUAGUGGAAUGGAUCAGUGUUCUCAACAACGCCACCAAGAUUACUGUGCCAAAGCCCGGUGAAGGCCACACUGUCCACGCAGAGACGCAGCAGGACGCACUGGGAGCCACGAAACAGGUCUCCUACAAGACUGAGAUCAUAGGAGGGGUCCCUAUCAUCACCGCCACUCAGCCACAAGCACAUGACCCCCGCUGUCGAGCAGUGAAGUUCAGUUUUCUCUUGUUGUCACAGGAGCGGGAGGCGCUGAGAGUCAUCGCUCUGAAGGAGAUUCACAAAGUUCAGGAGUGUAAACAGAGCGAGCUGAUGAUGAGGGACAAUUUGUUUGAGAUGGUCACCAGCUCCAGGACCUUCUACAUCCAGGCUGACAGUCCAGAGGACAUGCACAGCUGGAUUAAAGCCAUCUCAGGAGCCAUAGUGGCUCAGCGGGGCCCCGGACGCUCAGCGAACACUAUCCGUCAGGCCAGAAGGCUGUCCAGCCCUUGUAUACAGAGGUAUACACCAUUCUGCAGUGGUGAAUGCAGCACGAACGCAGUGACCACUCUUCUCCAUCCCCGACAUCCUCGUCCACCUUCUACUAUCCCCUCGAGCAGGAACUACACUACCCACAAUCCUCCAGCCGCCGCUCCUCAGAGGGUUCUCAGCCUCACGCUGGACACGCACCAGCCGGACAACUUCCUGGGCCUGCUUCCGUGGAGGCUGAGCGGAGUCCAGUCCGUGAUGGGGCCCCUCCCUCCGGCACGCUCCCGCCUGUCACUGCAGGAGACGGUGCAGUCGUCAAAGUAAUGGAAGACCAGUCACCAUGGAAACGCCGCAGCGAAAUGGGUGGGGUGGAGUUAGUUGGCAGCAAAGGAGAGGAGGAUCUUAACUGCUGCACCCCCGAGAAAUCUGACCCGCAAAUUACCCUCAUUUGAUGAAGAUGAUGAUGAUGAUGAUGAUGAUGGACAAUCUCUUGAGGACACACACACAUAUACACUCACUCACACACACUCUC